GUGGCAGUUAUUGUUUGCAACAGAACCCUGCGGAAACAAAACAUAAGAAAUCCCCAUUUUCUAAAAUCUGACAUUCUCGUUACGAACGGAACAAUUUGAAAUUUACACCGUUAAGAACACCGGAAGUUUCUGAACUUCCAAGACGAAGGAAUGGCUAUUUAAGGAACACUAUUAUUGGCUAUUUGCGUAAAAGUUGAGAGUCUGUUCAAAUCUGUGUUGUAAUCGUUGGUUUUACAACUAAGGGAAAUGUGAAUAGCGAUUAGUGUUUUACACCUUUGGUAUUGCCGCGUUAUUCAUUUAUAAAUAAUUCUCGCGGUCCGCUGGUUAUAUAAGCUGAAGGCAACGCCAGUACGCACACUUCUUUGCACGACAGUUCUUGACCUGACGGAUACUGGAACUCAGAUAACAGGCAUGAUGCUGAAUAAGAUGAUACUGUCGAUAAAUUAUCUAUCGACUUUCAUGUUGGUUAUCUUGAUUUUGAGCAGCUCUGUUGCAUCACAUCCCGCAAUAUCUGAAACUCCAUCUGAUAAAACGGAAAAUAACAAUUCGGACAAGGAGACUUCCCCUGAAGCACAUGUAUCCAACAGAGCGUACACUUCUUCGACGAAUUCCAACAACUCGGUCAACAGUUGGAGGAACCUACUGCCGAGUCAUUUUGGGGAAUUCUUCGAGGUCUUCGUCUUUUUCAUGGAACUGAAAUGGCACUACGAAAUUGAAGACGCUAUAGCGGCAGUUGGCCACAGGAUCAAUAGCGAUCAUUAUCCCAAAGAGAUCGAUGCUACCAAGUCAAUCAGUGUUGAAGCUGAAGAUGUCGAUGACAAAGUUUUUGAACACUUUCUCGAUCGAACAAAGUAUCUGAAAUAUUAUUUGAACGCCAUGGCACCAGUAUACUAUGGCUACCGUAGGAAGUCUGAAAACUGAAAUAUCGCGAUCAUAAACUCUCGUUUUCCAUCCUACGCCAAAAUACUUUGAACAGUUUUGCAAAUGACUUUAAUUUAUUUCAUGCUAUUAAUUGUGGCUGAGUUGCGUUAUUCUUGAUGCUACUGCCAAUUAUUGUAACUUCAAAUAUAUGGGAGAAUAAGAAUAUACAUAUGGAAACUGGG